AUGUUCAUCCAACUGCGCCGCGUGGUGUACCUGUUGGUACUUCUGCACUAUUGUGUAUGUUUGUGUGUGGCUCAGACGAACAUUGAUUGUUCUGGGGAGGAGAAGGAACUCGGAGAUGCCAAGCGCGUCAUGGACACCGCGUUGAAAGGGCCUGUGGAUCCAGAAUUCAAAUCAUCGGAUACGGUGUUGAAGGAGGGUAAGGACUUGUUAAGUUUGUGGAAGAGAGAAGCGGAAGCGUGUGAGAAGAAAAACAUCGCCAUCAUAUACGCCGUGGGUAAUACUACAGCCAUUCGUUAUGGCGUGGAAACCGAUACGAGGAAGCAGGUGGCUGGGGUUAAGAAGUUGAAAUGCAACGGCGAAGAGGUGCAGGAGUUCAAGAAAGGUUACGCUCAGAUGAUGAGUGACUAUAAUGAUGCAAUGGCGAAAACGGAGAAUCUUACGGCGGAUGUGAAAACAACGAGACUACAGAGUAGGGUGUAUUAUGAAAACCUGCUUGACGUGCAUAAACGAUACAAAGAUGGCCUCGACUGGUACAAUAGCACGAUUCUUGAGAUGAAGAAGAAGGGUUGUUCGGCGGACGAGGGGAGGAUGAAGGUACUCGCUGAUGCCGGUGCAAAAUACGAUGAAAUCGAAACCGUGAGGAAGGGACUCGCUGAUUUGCAAGUCAAGUCCACGGUGUGCGCUUUAAACACCACGGUUUUUACAAAUAUAGAUAUGAACGCGAUGUUUGACGAAAUCAAAAAACUUUGCCCGGACGAUCUCGAUGUGAAGAGGGUGAACGCGACAUCCAAGCCCGAAGAGAUAAAGGUAACAGAACGCGUCAAGGUAGAGGAAAAUGUAGGUUCAAGAGUCGGGAGAAAACAAAUUACGGAAACUGCGCGCAAGAAUUUCAGCUAUAGGAUGGUGGCUGAGAGACCGAGGCGGAUUGAAGCGGAGAGAAAGGCCGCGGGGGAAGAGAGGGCCAGGAAGGAAGCGGCGGAAAGGGCUGAAGAAGCAAGGAAGGCCGAAGAAGAGAGGAGAAGGAUUGAAGAAGAGAAUGCGAGAAGGGCCAUGGAAGAGGAGGAAGCGAGGAAAAAAAAGGACGAAGAAGAGAAGGCGAGACAGGCUGCGGCACAAAAGGCCAGAGAGGAAGAAACGAAACGCAUUGCUGCAGAAAAGGCGAAACAGGCAGCGAAAAGGGUCAAAGAAGAAGAGGCGAGGCAGGCAGCAGAGAAAGCCAAGAAAAAGAAGGAUGGUAGCAACGGUCCUUCAUUGGUGCGCAGAUCUAUACUGCUUCUUCUACUGUUGACGGUGCUGGGCAGCGCUCUCGUGUGCUAA